ACCUCACAUCUCUAAUUUUGGAUAUCGAAACAGCAGCUGCGAUAAUUACUUUUUGGCAGAUUUUGCCCAUUUUUCAUGUAAUAGAAAUUGAGUCUUUUUUUGCGAACCAGACGUCAAUAAAUAUACAUGACACUUAAGUGAGAAAAGGGAUAGAGACAACGCGAAAAUGGAGUGCAACCUGGGCAGCGAAAUUGGCCAGAAGAUGCGCAGCGCCGUCAAGGCGAAGCUGCUGGAGCUGGGCACCGGCGGAUCUUCCGGCUUUAUUGACGACGAACUGCCCGACUACGUGAUGGUCAUGGUGGCCAAUAAGCGCUCCAAGCAGCAGAUGAACGCUGAGCUGAAUCUGUUCCUGGGCGAUCAGACUGACUUGUUUGUAACCUGGCUGCAUGAGGUGCUGCAGAAGCUCCAGGAGGUCACUCUGCCGACAUCCAAUGUUUCCAGCAAAAAGCGAAGGUCACGCGGCCAUGGCGAAGCGAUCAAGUCGAAGGAAAAGGACAAGAAGGUGUCUAAAAAGGACAAGAAGCCGCACCGCAAGUCCAGCGACGAGAUGCAGGAGCCGCAAUCCAGCUCUGCGGGUGCUAUGCCCGUCAUCACUUCCAUCACAGAUGUCUUUGCCGAUGAACUGAUGCAGAAGGCCAAGAAAUCGCUCAACAUCGACAUCAAUGCUAAGGAUGAGAUUGUGCAGAAAAAGAAGAAGCGAAGGUCGGCGUCGAUUGAGGAGGCCAGAACCAAGGACAGCGAAGUGCCGGCCAACAUCUCUGAGAUCAGCUCAACCACUUGCGGGGUCAAUAGGCAAAAGGAUCUUGCUGAGCUGGCCGAGAUCCAGAAGAAAAUCCAGGCAGCCAAGAAGCAUUUACGCCAAAUUGGCGAAAUCGAUGACGAGAGUGAUGAGGAUGACGAGGAUCUGCUAAAUUUAAGUGCCCCCGAAGAGUCGGUAGACCAGGAGGUCGAUGAGGAGCCGCCGCAGAAAGAACCACCCCCGCGGCAGGCCAAGAGUCCGAUUAUCUUCAACAGGCGUGAGAAGAGUCCCGAAAAGCAACAAGAACCUGAGCCUGAUACCCACUCACGUCAUGAACCAGAGCAGGAAGAGGAGAAAAUGGAAGAGGAGAUGGAAGACCCGCAGUCUGCAGUUGGGAAACCAAAAGAAGACCCCUCUGAGCGACGUUCCGUGCACGAUCGGCUCGGCUCCAAGAAUCAGUUACCGCCAGAAAGACCGACACGCACUCAAAAGGAGCUAUACGUACCAGCUCAUCGUCGACGCAGUGAACCGGAGUCCAGCCGGGAACGGAGUCAGCGAGAUCGAGGAAACGACCGGGAACGACGCUCUAGCCGGGAUAACUCCAGGGACGCCAACCGUAGUCACCGCCAGCGUCGCUCGCCUAGUCCAGAGACGCCCAGUAGCAAGCAACGCAUCGGUUCCAGGGUGAUUGUGGCAGUGCAAAAACCGCCAGAACCGUCAGACGAUGAGGAUCUAGCUGAUAAGCCGUUGAAUUCGGUUAUCAAGAUUCAGCCUAGACCAAAGGUCUCCCCACGGCGGCAGGCCUGCAAGAAUCUCCUGCUGCGAGCGGUAGCCGAUGCCCAGCGUUCCACCAUCUUGGCCAAGUCUUCUAAUAAGAAGGAAAGUCAGGAGGUGGACAAAGUCAGUCCCACGGUUGCCAAGCAAAAACCGGUAGACCAAACAGAUCGUGCCAACAAUCGGAGCAGGGAUCGUGGUAAGCGAAGUGCUCCCACGAACACUGAACUCUUCCGGCGAAGCACUCGGGAGCUGUUGGUAAAUGUGACGCAACGCGAUGGCAAACGAUCACGGCGCUCCAAUGAGACUCAUGCCGAGAUCAAGGUGGUUGAGGAAGAGUAUGCCCCUAGUCUGAGCUCUAAGGAUUUCGAAACCUAUGUGCCGCAACUUCUGUCCAGUGUGGAGGACAUAGACUUGCAUAUUAGCUCGCACGAUGAUGCAAGUCCCAGCUCUGGAGCGCGGAAGACACAGUUUGUGGUGACCCUGAACGGCGAUAAGUCUGCCGGUGGGCGAAGCAGCAGCCAAGGCAGCCCUUCCUAUCGCAAACGACCGAGCAGCUCACGCAAACGUUCCUCCUCGCCUGUGUCUACACCACAAGUGUCCUCUUCCAGUGUUGAGCCAACGUCCACAACAUCGGAAAAGCGGUCACGCCGAUCGAAUCCAGAAAAAAGCUUCACACCUUCGCCCACACAGAGCAGUGCCUCGCCCCAGACAUCUCGCAGCCUUAAUCGUAGCGAGGUGGUGCGACAGCCCCAGGAAAUUAAGAAGCUCGUCAUCAAAAACGACACCGAUGAAGAUGACGACAAGCACGGUUCGCACAAGAAGCGUUCGUCCAUAAGGCGCCAGAAUACAUCAACGUCGGCGACGACCUCGGCCAACGGCCACAAGGACAAUAGAGCAAAACCUCUGGUAGAGGAACGAUCAACCACGCCCCCCCUACCGGCUAAACCAAAGCCUCGGGCAGAAAAGCGGCCGGCCAGCAAGGAGAAAACCACAAACUCCAGCGCGGAACCAGCAGCGGUAGAAAACUCCGCUAGCGUCACCACUUCCUCUACAUCUACCAAAGGCAAGCAUACGCCUAUACGCUUCACUCUAAAAAACGAGGACGAGCCGAGUUCAAAGAAAAAGCAUCGCUCCAAUAGCCCCGAACGUGAAGGGGUGCGCAAAAUACCCAUACGCAAUGCCGAGGACAGAAAGUACGACAAUCUGCCUGCAUUGAGUGCAGUAAGCGUGGACUCCGCCGUGCUGAAGGUGACCAAGCCAAAGGAGCGGUGCAAGUACCAUCCGAGCUGUACCAAGCAGUUCUGCGAGUACUAUCACCCAACGGCGCCCUGCAAGUCCUUUCCAAACUGCAAGUUCGCUGACAAGUGUAUGUACUCGCAUCCCAAGUGCAAGUACGACAUGUCCUGCAUGAGUGUUGAUUGCAACUUUGCCCACAGCGGACAAAGGGAUCUCAGCCAUGUGCAGCUUACUGCGCCGCCUCUGUCCUCGCACGUCAUACCAGUACAGAACUACAAGUCAAUAUCGGCGCCAGUAACUUCCACGACUGCCACAACAAUGUGCAAGUACUACCCCAAUUGCUCCAAAAUGGGAUGCACCUUCUAUCACCCAAAGCCCUGCCGCUUCGGCAAGAAUUGUGUGAACAAGCUGGAGUGCAUCUUCUAUCAUCCGGAGAUGCAGAGCAAAUUCAAGUGGGUGGCCUCGUUGGGCUGAGCGGAAAGCACAAACACUCACACACAAUACAUUUUAACAAUAUUUAGCCAAGUCUUACUAACCACUACACUUCAAUCCAAUCAUUAUGUUCCACAAUUAUACAACUAGGCGCGCUUGGAUUUUACCUAUUUUCGCCUGUACCCAUUUUCAUGUUCAUUUUUCAUCCAUACUCUUUCAUUAAACUAUUUAAAAACCUUUUAAAUUAGACAUUAGCUCUCUUAUACAAAUUGAAAGGUAAAACUAAUCCCAAGUUUGUUGCUUGCAUUCAAACCAUUAAAAACACGACAUGCCUACGUUGACGAAUAAAUUUAGCAAUAGUUGCUACAAAUUGAAAAAAAAAGAGAUUUAAUUGUACUAUUUAUACGUAUUAAAUAUGUUGAAAAACAACGAUAUGAUAUAGUCGAUAGAUAUGAUCGUUCCAUUGCUUUUAAA